AUGUAUGAACAAGGUCCAAUGAUUUUUCUUUUUGUUUGUAGAGAGAUUACGCUGACUGCGAGUUGCUUUGAUGGGAAAAGGCAAUUGCUUGAUUCACUGAGAUCAAAUUUUCCUGGAGGAACUAUGAACUUGGAGAGCCAUGGCAGCAACAGCAUUAUCUUGACAUACUGGCAAUCGCUUUUGGAAGAUUACAGGAAUGUUUUCAACAAAAAAGAUGACGCUACAGCGAGAGUAGUCAAUAGCACGUCACAUUUUGGUCAUCAAAACAUUCCAAAUUCCAAUUAUUAUUGGUUUCUUGAGCCUGGGGUAAGUAUUCGACGUAUAUUAUUAUUUGUAUUCAAAGAUAAUAGCCGGGUUAGUGUAUUUUAACCUUGUAUAUAACACAUAUGGCAGGCAUUUACUGCAUGAUGACUAAUGUUUUAAAUAUUAAAAAAGUCAAGCAUGUAUAUUCUUGCAGCUAAUAUAUCUAACAUUGCAAACAUAGAGAGGAUACAUUUCAUAUACAAAGAUCAGAAAAAAAAUGCUUCCAAAUUUGUUGGUCUUAAGCCGGUUUUCCACUUGCAAAUUUUUUCGUGCAAAGCGAAUUUUUCUUUUGUCUUUAUCCAAUCAGACCAAAGACAAAUGAAAAAUUCGCUUCGCAUGAAAAAUUUCGCAAGUGGAAAACCUGUACUUCAUAGAUAAUUUUCAUUAACCUAUAUUCGACAAAACAUUGUAGAACAAAUUGCAUCCAUUAACCAACAUAUGUAUUGACCAUUGUUGAGAAAUUUUUAGUGUGUCCUCACACACGCAAAGGUAUAUAAUCAAAUGCCUAUGGCUAUAAUCACAAAAAAUGAGGUCCUAUAGCCACAACAUUUUACAUAGGCAGCCCAAAGGCCAAAACUGUGUUACACUGUGUGGCAACACUCUCUUAAGCUCUCUGGUUUUUCGAAAAUUGUUUGCUUUUAAAUUAUAGUUUUUGAAUAAACUACAUUUCAAAUUGUUUCUAACCAUUUGGUGAUUUCACUUGUUUAAUUUUGGAGUUGUUUUGCAACAUAUUUUUCGAGAUAUUCUGCACGAAAUUUUGUGUGUUGUAAUAUGUCUCGCCGCACAAAGAACAGUAUGUCUACGCUUUCAGAAGCUGAUGUUGAAAAGUUUGUGGCGGAAUUGUCCAGCACAGAUGAAGAUAAAGAACAAAUUUGCCCAACAGAGAUGUCUGACCAUAAAAACCAGGAUGAAAAUCAUAGAAGCGAGACUUGUGGCAAAACAAACGAGCGAAAAUUAAGCGAGCAUGUGCUUGAUGUUGCUGGUAAAGACGAAACCGAAGUCGACAGGAAACAUUCAAUGUCAGAACCACAAAGUGAUUAUAAAUGA